AUGUCUCUUUUCUCUCUGCAAUUUCGAGGCAUGUUUAGAGCAAUGAACAAGAGAAAAGGUCGCCGGGGAUACAAUAAGUUGAUCAGCGAAUCCACCAUCAUCGACAAUCUACCGCCGGAGCCUAAGAUGAUCAGAUCCACAUCGUUGCCUGCAAAUUCCUCCGGCGAUUUUUCGGUGAAAGUAGAUCUCACAGACAAGCAAAUGAGAAAGGUGAGGAAAGUGCAUCCGCUCUACAGCUUGUUAGAGAAGAGGAGGAAGAAGAAGGCGACUGCUAAACCAGAGUUUUCAAGGUACUUGGAGUAUCUCAGGGAAGGAGGUAUUUGGGACGCUAAUUCAGUUAAGCCUGUCAUCUACUGA